CAAUCUGAUUUGGAUCGAGUAGUUUUUUUAGAUGCAAUGAAUUUUAUUUUUUGCUGAAUGGCGCAGGAAUUUGCACUCACACCCCGUCAAUGGUAUGACCUGUGGAGCCUGGCCCAGGAGAGAUACUGGGAGGGGGAGGAGAACUACUUGGAGAAGAAGAACAGAAUCACCAAGAGGCUCAUUGCAGCCCAGGACGAGAAGUCCAAACAGGCCAGAGAGAGGGCCCAACAGCUGGAACAGAAGAGACGUGACCGACUGAAGAGCAAGAAGCAGAAGAUAGAUGACCAUUACAGAGAGUACAUCAGAAAUGUCCUGGCUCAAGAGCGUCUGGACAAGCAGAGGAAGAAAUUGCCGGAGAUCAAAGAGCACAAAGUGGACUUCUAUCCGGAAGUGCAUCCGAGCGACUACCACUUUCUCACUGCCGCUCAGGGAAUAAUGAAUGGAGACAACUACUCACAGUUCUACUCGUCGGGCAUGCCACAUGUCAAGUACUCUGUCGGCGACUUCAGCGAAGGGUUAACUGAAGGCGAGCAUGACAGUAGUGGAUCGCCGGCGAAGAGAGAGACGAGGACUCCGGAGUUGCGGGACACUGAUGUACACCAUGUGCACUAUGACCCGACGAGUGAGGAGCAGCAGUCCAAGUACACCAACAUCAUCACCAACAGAGCACUCCCAGAACACAUCAAGGCCAUUCUCUCCAGGACAUUUGGUCCCUUUCUGGCCAACUACUACAUCAACCCACACGCACCUGCCAUCAGGAUGAAGGACAAGCCCAGAGUGGACUUGAAGAAGGCGGCGGCCGAUCGCAUGGGCGGUCGACAGAUGUGGCGGAAGAUGAGGACAGAGUCCAACAAGGGAGUGGAGAAUCUAGGCAACAGGGUCAUCUCACACGAAACUGCUAAAGCGUUUGAAGCGUACGUGGAAGAAUCCAAAAGAGAAGAGAAGCAACCGCUACAUCUGUUCAAGCCAUACUCUCAACGUCAUCAUAAAAAGCAUGCUGUCACUGCUGUUGAUCCAUCCCUACCAAAUUUGGAAAGAAGUGCUCAAAUGUACGAGACUAAGACUAAAAAUGCGUCCAUGUGCAAACUAAUUUCGGAAGCCAACGAGGAUCGAACUAAGCUGCUGACUCAUAACAACGACGCACACCAGAAGUCACUGGCUGUCAGUUUGGAAGACACUGAGCCGGUUGACUAUAUACCUUACAUUGAGAUACUGCGAGAACUGGACGAGAUUGUGAAGCACUAUGAGGCUCACGCCGAUGAAGAGCCCAUUGAUAGCAAACGAGUGCUGCCAUUGAAGCCGGAUCCACAUGCUGAUGCCAUUGCAAAGAAAUUAGGAGCCUCUAAAUUGAAGUUCCUGACAGAGGCGGAGAGUUCUAAUGUGAAGCCCAAGUUCUCCAAGAGAUUUGCCUACUUGGCAGAGGUCAACCCAGUGAAACACGUGAAGAGAGAGUCCACUCAUGCCACCACUUCUGCCACCAGCACCCUACAAACUGAGGGAGAACUUGCCCCCGAGCGCAUUGAUUUGAGCCGGCUAGCUGGACUUGAUUUGGCAUCUCUCAAAGCCUCCUCUUCAAACCAGAACAACAGAAAUGUCAGUUUCAACUCGAGAGGAUCAAAAAACAGGGAAGUGGAUCGGGAUAACAAAGCACUUUUGGCGUACUUGAAGAGGCAGAAUUUGGGCACUAGCCGGGGGUUUGAAAGUGCCAAUCAGUGGGAUCCUUUGUCACUUACGGCUCUUGAGGAAUACACUCCUAUUGGGAGGGGAGGGGGAGCGAAUCAAGGACCAGGCAGCAAAAUCAAUUACUUGGACUCAUUUCGCAUUCAGGCGUCUCAAAUUGGAGCCCCUCGUAGCUAG